UGGGGUUUUCUUGAAGCAUAUUGUUUGUUGCUGCUGCUUUCUGUGCCUCUGACAGCAGAUAUCUGAGCAUCUAAAGUCCCUCUACUGAAGCCCAUCUGCCAUCCUGGCCAUCAGAACUGUGUUCUGGGUUUCAUGUUACAGGCAACGUGCUUUAAAAAAAAAAAAAAACACAGCAGUCCUGCCCAUGUGAGUCAGCUUUUAAAACUGCCCUGCUCUUGCUAGGAACACAGCAGGAUUCCAGCCAAGACUUCCCAGCGUUUUCUGCCAAACUCUGUCAGAUUUAAGACAUAUGCUCCUGCAAGCUUUCUUGAAGGUUGUGAAAAAGUUUGGAUCCAUAGUUGGGUUCCAGCCUGCUGUAACUGCAAGUAUCUGUGGUCAUACCACCUCCUUAUAAAGCAGCUAGAACCUUGAGCGUAGGGUGGGGAUUUUUUUUUUUAUCUUCAACUUCCUGGAUAAGAAAUGUCUGUAGAGUGAUUUCUAGUUUCAAGUGGAAGACAUGACCACCUCCUGAUUAUUUUUGCAGCGGGAAACUUUGAAAUAUUUUUCAUUGCUUUCUCCCAUACUAAGAUUGUGUGUGUAGCAGUGAGGGAGUCCCUUGACUUACUCAAGUCAUUUCAUUGGAUUUUGAUUACAACUGAUCAUGUGAUUUUUUUUUCCAUGUAAAGUUUGGGGCUUCAAACUUUGCUUCUGGAGAAUGCCUUUUGCAACAGUUUUCAGUAGCUGCCUGGAAACAACUGCUUAGUCAUCGGUAGACAUUUAAAAUAUUCAAAAUGUAUGGAGAAUGGGGAAUGGGGAAUAUCCUCAUGAUGUUCUAUGUGUACUUGGUGCAGGGGUUCAGGAGCGAACAUGGAGCAGUGAAGGAUUUUUCUUUUGAGCGAUCAUCCCGGUCCAUGUUGGAACGAUCUGAACAACAGAUCCGAGCGGCUUCUAGUUUGGAGGAGUUGCUGCAAAUUGCGCACUCUGAGGACUGGAAGCUGUGGCGAUGCCGGUUGAAGCUCAAAAAUCUUGCCAGUAUGGACGCACGCUCAGCAUCCCAUCGCUCCACCAGAUUUGCGGCAACUUUCUAUGACACUGAAACACUAAAAGUUAUAGAUGAAGAAUGGCAGAGGACCCAAUGCAGCCCUAGAGAGACAUGCAUAGAAGUCGCCAGUGAGCUGGGGAAGACAACCAACACAUUCUUCAAGCCCCCCUGUGUAAAUGUCUUCCGGUGUGGAGGCUGCUGCAACGAAGAGGGUGUGAUGUGUAUGAACACAAGCACCUCCUACAUCUCCAAACAGCUCUUUGAGAUAUCAGUGCCUCUGACAUCAGUGCCUGAGUUAGUGCCUGUUAAAAUUGCCAACCAUACGGGUUGUAAGUGCUUGCCCACGGGCCCCCGCCAUCCUUACUCAAUUAUCAGAAGAUCCAUUCAGAUCCCAGAAGAAGAUCAAUGUCCCCAUUCCAAGAAACUCUGUCCUAUUGACAUGCUGUGGGAUAACACCAAAUGUAAAUGUGUUUUGCAAGACGAGACUCCACUGCCUGGGACAGAAGACCACUCUUACCUCCAGGAACCCGCUCUCUGUGGACCCCACAUGACAUUUGAUGAAGAUCGCUGUGAGUGCGUCUGUAAAGCACCAUGUCCAGCAGAUCUCAUUCAGCACCCAGAAAACUGCAGUUGCUUUGAAUGCAAAGAAAGUCUGGAGAGCUGCUGCCAAAAGCACAAGAUUUUUCACCCAGACACCUGCAGCUGUGAGGACAGAUGUCCUUUUCACACCAGAACAUGUGCAAGUAGAAAGCCAGCCUGUGGAAAGCACUGGCGCUUUCCAAAGGCGACAAGGGCCCAGGGGCUCCACAGCCAGGAGAACCCUUGAUUCAACUUCCUUCCAAGUUCCCCCAUCCCUGUCAUUUUAAACAGCUUGCUGCUUUGUCAAGUUGCUGUCACUGUUGCCCACUACCCCCAGGUGUUAGAAAAAUUGAUUUGACCUAGUGUCAUGGUAAAGCCACAUUUCCAUGCAAUGGCAGCUGGGGGAUUUCCCGGUUCACUGACAAAUGACUUGUAGCUUCAGAUGCCUUUGCGCCAUCAGCACUCAGAAAGGAAGGGGUCUGAGGAGCCCCUUGUUUUGAUGAAUAAGAAAAGGUUGCCUGAAACACAGUAGUAGGUGCCACUCAAUUGGUUCCUCGGGCUGGCAAAGUCCAAGGGCAAUGCUCAUGAGUCAUUGUGCUUCUUUCUUAUGCGCAAUUUCAUUUGUAUGAUCAGCACUGACUGAUGCAAUUCCCAUUCCACUUGUACUUUUUAGGUUUACUGAAGCACUGCCUGAUGUUUUAUAUGUAAAUGUAUUUAAAGGAAAUAAACAUUGUUAUGCAGCCCACAGAA